AUGGCUUCGUCUGCGACCCGUCAUCUCCUUUUACUGUCUUUUUUGCCUUUUCUGCCCAUAUUUGGUGCUUCCAACGUAACUUUGGGCUCUUCACUUUCUGCCAUUGGUGAUAACUCUUCAUGGAUUUCACCUUCUGGGGAUUUCGCUUUUGGAUUUUACCAACUUCACAAUACAAACAUCUUCUUGCUUGCCAUAUGGUAUGUCAAUAUACCUGAAAAGACCAUCGUCUGGCAUGCAAAGACAACUAGUCCAGUGCCAUCAGGGUCGAAGGUUGAGCUCACAGCAAAUGGCCUCACACUGAAUAGUCCUGAUGGCCCAACAAUAUGGCAGCCACAACUCACAACCACCAUUUCGUAUGCCUCAAUGCUCGACAGUGGGAACUUUGUGCUUUCAAGUAGUACUAAUAGCUCUGCUUAUUUAUGGGCGAGUUUUAGUUAUCCCACAGACACCCUGUUGCCAACCCAAGUGUUGCCAUUGGAUGGCAAAAUGUUUUCUAAGCUGACUGAAACCAACUACUCACAAGGAAGGUUUGUGCUUCACUUAGAGAAUGGGGACCUUCGGCUCAAACAAGUCGAUUGGCCGACUGAUUUUCUUUAUCCAUUUUAUUACCAUAGUGGAACAGAUUCCACCGAUUCUUCUCAAUCUGGGUUUCAGCUGGUUUUCAAUCAAUCAGUGGAUAUUUAUAUAGUGAAAAGGAAUGGAGAGAUUGUCCAUUUUUGGAAGUGUAUUGAUUUGAAUAGCCCAAACAACUAUUACCGUGCAACAUUGGGUUUUGAUGGUGUUUUCAGGCUCUGUGUUUACUCAAAGACUUUGGUCACUGACCAAAGCUGGUCAGUUCUUCAAUACCAACCUGAGAACAUUUGCAAUAUGUUGGAUGUAUAUAGUAGCGGUGUCUGUGGGUUCAAUAGUAUCUGCAAAGAAAAUAGUGGCACUCCUAGUUGUCAAUGCCCACCCGGGUUUUCUUUUAUGGAUCCAAAUGACAAAUUUGGAGGCUGCAAACCAAAUUUCCCUCUUGGUUGUGGAGUAGAUGAUGGAUCAAGAAAACCAGAAGACUUGUAUUAUUUAGAGUUGAUUCCGGAAUUGAAUUUUCCAACAUAG